UUAAUUCUAUGAGCGUAGUAAUUACAUGACUUUACUGUAUUUAGUUAAUUCAGAGUGAAUCUUUUAAGAAAUUAAAAUAAAAUAAAGAAAAUGAUAUGAAAUUAUAUGUCUUCUGCGACAAAAUAUAAAGAAGAUAUUUCAUGAUGAAAUUUGAGUAUAUACCCUCUCAAGAUUAAUGGAAUCAUCAUCACGAAAAGAUGGCGGCGCCCAUGCCGAUCUACAGGCGUGGAGGUGGAGAGGUUAUUCCAGCAUUAACUUCGUCUUUGAAAGAAAUUGACUUAAAAGAGACUGUGAGGUGGAAUCAGAAAUUUAUUCCUGUCAAGGCUGUGUAUUUUCUGCUGUGGUCAGGAAUGGUGAGUCUUCUGCCCUUCCUUCCUGUCUAUAUGUCAUAUGUUGGUCUGAAUCCUGUCCAAGUUGGGGUAGCAAGAGGCAUUGAACCUUUUAUUGGGAUGUUUUCAUCUCCGCUGAGUGGAAGCUUGGCAGAUAAAUUCAGCAUGCAUCGGUUCAUCAUGGUUAGCAGUAUCAUAGGAACAGGGCUGGUGUAUGGGAGUGGUGUUUUUGUGUCACUUAUUGAUGCAAAUAAUGCAAUGAAUUGGACAAAUAUAUCUCAUGUGCCACUGGAAGGAUACCUUGGAGAGCUUGGAAAGAUUCCAGAACCAGAGUUGGACUCAUCCUUGAUUCAGAUAAAGAAGAGUGACUACUAUGACUGGUGUCAUCACUUCAUGUCAAGUAAUAUGAAAGAUGAAUUAUUGUGUGAUAUUAGGAGGUUAAAUAUUGGUGGUACAAGAUCAGUCAAAAGAAAGCUCAAUAUCCUCAAGAACAAGGAGUUUAAAAGUUCAGCUGCGUGUUGCUUCUGCAAAUGUAGAUUAAAAGAUGAAAGGUUGAUUGAACUUUUGAAUACAUGUAAUAUGGUAGAGAGAAUCCAGGAAGUAUGCAGUAUUAAAAAUGAGUCAAAGAAUAUUUUAAUAUCAAAUGAAUUUCUGUCUCAAAGCACAGAGACUACUGACAUUCUUGAAUGGGAGGAUUUAGAAAAGAAAGACAAAACACUCACAUUUGUUCUGAUGCUGAUGAUUGUUCUUGUCGGACAAUUUGUGAGCAACCCCGCUGUCCCUUUACUUGAUGCAGCAGCUAUGGCACUUGUUAAAGAAUGCAAUGAAAGAGGGCAAAAUGUAGAAUAUGGACAUCAACGGCUAUGGGGUGCAAUUGCCUGGGGUGUCUUUGCACCCCUGGCUGGAUUUGCUGUUGAUACCUACUCUGCAGCGUAUCCAGAGUCUUUCAACAAGUAUCUUCCAGCUUUCUUAGCUUUUAUUGCACUUGUACUAUUGUCAGUUAUACCGGCAUUGUGUAUAACUUUUCCUCCACACUGCCCAUCUGAAUCACUUGCCAGUGAUGUCUGCAUCCUACUCCAGAGACCCAAGGUUCUUGUCUUCCUGUAUGCAAUGUUCAUCACUGGGAUAUCAGUGGGAGUCAUCAGUACAUAUGUCUUCUUGUUCCUUGCUGAACUCUCUGGAAGCCACACCAUCAUGGGACUGACUCUGACCCUAACAUGCGUAGCUGAAGUCCCUUUCAUGUUCUUUUCUACUAAGCUUGUUGAAAGACUUGGACACCAUGGAGUCUUUGUUCUGGCCCUCUUCUGCUAUGCUGUGAGGUUUGUUGGCUACUCAUUCUUGCAGAACCCAUGGCUUGUUUUACCCAUAGAACUCCUCCAUGGGGUCACCUAUGGUGCUCUUUGGCCAGCUUGUACCUCCUAUGUAAACCUCAUCACUCCUGACAACAUGCUUACUACAAUGCAGUCCAUCACAUUUGGAAUCAAAUGUGGUUUAGGUGAAGGCUUGGGGACAUUGUUGGGUGGAGUAAUCUAUUACCAAUAUGGAGCUAGGAACCUAUUUAGAGGAUCUGCUGUCUUAUGCAUGGUAACACUGAUCUUCUAUUGGCCAGCGAGUGCUUACCUAGAGAGACAGGAUGAAAGAAGAGAGCGACAAGAACAGUAUGAAGAAAUAUGAUAUUGAUCUGCCUUAUUCUGGCUAUUUUGUUUAUUAUAAGGUCAGUGUUUCAAACUAACCCCCUCCCACUAUGAUCCUCUGCCAUCCAGAUUACAGAGAACAGACUCAGUACUAAAUUGCUGGCAUUGAUCAGAAGAAAAAAAAUACAGGGUAUUUUUCAGUGAAGUGUAUUGUUAUCCAUUUCAUUCACUUUACUAGUAUUUGAUGAUUUAUGUUACUUUUUUGGAAAUUGGUGCAAACAUGCAAUUCCCAUAGUGUAUAUGUCUUGAUCAAUUGGUUUGCUUUUCAAAUUUCUCUUGACCAAAAUGACCUUUUUUGGUAGUGAAAGCUGAAACUUUUUUUUUUUGCUUGUCAAGUUCAAACCAGCACCCCUGUUAAAAAAAAAAAUUGGUCCCAGGGCCACCAGCAGCACUGCCUGACGUCAGAUACGGUCAGUUUUGUCUCAUUUUUUUCCCAAAAGCACCCCCUUGGAAAAAGCUGAUGACAGCACUGCAGUAUAUUGUUAUUUGUAACAUAAUCAGAUUGAGUAAUUGCUUCAUUGAUUUUAUUCUGAUCAACCACUGGAUCACAUGGGUUGUGUGGUCCAGUGGUUAAAGCAUUGGACUCAUAAUUGCAAGAUUGUGAGUUUGAAUCCCCAUUCUGCCAUUGUCUCCACUUUGAUAAAAAGGCCCAAGAUUAAUAUCUGUCAUCUAUAUUCUAUAACGUCAGCUGAGUAUGACUUAUUAACCUAGACGUAAAAUGUUUCCUAUAAGUAAUUGUUUAUAUACCAGC